UCACAUCUUCUUUACCAUAAAUUAGCGAAAUUCAACCCCACAAAAUUAGUUCUUCCUCUCUAUGUUGUCUAUUCUUACUUCUAUGAAACUACUGCUAGUGAAAAUCAAAAAUAGCAUCACCGAGAUCUUGUUCGUCAACGGGAAAAACCGAUUCCUAUAAUGGCUAUAAAUUUAAACUUUCAUGUCUUCUCAAUUCAAAUAUGAAAUUCGAAAUUCAGUUAAUUACACUUUGCUUAGUUUAAUUUACUGAUUUUUAUUGCUUAGUUUAAUUUACCGAUUUUUAUUGCGUUUAUGCAGAUUUUGGACCUUUUGGUGUUGGAGACUGACUUUGAAGAUUGUAAACAAUUACACAGAAUAAUUGAGGUUAGGGUUUUAUCGGAUACUGGUUUUUCCAGUUGCACAAAAUUUGGGUCACUGUCGAUCUGAUUUCGUGGUAAUUUGAUUGAAAAUAAUGGGGAAAGAAAACGAUGUAGCUUCUUCCAUGGACAUCGACAUUGAAAAAUCGACUGUUUCCGAUCAGCCUAAAUUUUCCAUUCAUGUUUUGCAUCUUUUGAAAUCUGCUCAAAUGCAGCAUGGACUGCGUCAUGGUGAUUACACUCGUUAUAGGCGCUACUGUACAGCUCGUCUGAGAAGGCUGUAUAAAUCGCUCAAGUUUACGCAUGGUCGCAAUAAAUACAGUCGGAAAGUUAUCACUGAGAGCACUGUCACUGAUGUAAGGUUUCUCCAUAUUCUUUUCUAUACUGCUGAAAGAGCGUGGAGCCAUGCCAUGGAGAAAAGACAACUACCAGAUGGUCCAAAUGGACUCUAUCUGAUUGGCAGAUUGAGGAAGGCUGUUAAAAUGGGCUACUCUUUCGCUCAGCUUUGUGCAAAAGGAGAUUCCAGAACGUCUUUGGAAGCCGAGGCAUAUGCAUCAUAUAUGAAAGGAAACUUGUUGUUCGAGCAAGAUCAGAACUGGGAUAUGGCGUUAAGGAAUUUCAAGAGUGCCAGGGCUGUCUAUGAAGAACUUGGGAAAUAUGGAGACCUCGAAAAUCAGCUUCUUUGUCGUGAACGUGUGGAGGAGCUAGAGCCUAGUAUUAGGUAUUGCUUGCACAAAAUUGGCCAGUCUAACCUGCAAGCUUCAGAACUUCUGCAGAUUGGUGAAAUGGAGGGGCCAGCACUGGACCUUUUCAAAUCCAAAUUGGAGGCUGUCAUGGCUGAGGCAAGAACUCAACAGGCUGCUUCAAUGACAGAGUUCAUUUGGCUGGGACACAGAUUUCCCAUCUCAAAUCCUAAGACUAGGGUUUCCAUUUUAAAAGCUCAAGAAUUGGAAAAGGAUCUGUAUGGUCCAACUGCAGACUCGCUCUCAGCUGAGAAAAAACUUGCUGUCUUUGACAAGAUUUUUUCUGCCUAUCAUGAUGCAAGGAGUUGCAUUCGCAAUGAUUUGAUCACUGCUGGGAGUGCUGAAAAUGUGAAAGAUGAUUUGAAUGGACUUGACAAAGCUGUAAGUGCCGUCCUUGGACAGCGUACUAUUGAGCGAAACGAACUUCUAGUCAGCCUUGCCAAGAGCAAACUAAGCAGAAACCGUGAUGACAAAAAUGAAAAACUUACCAAACCAGAAGAACUUGUUCGCUUGUACGAUCUCUUACUUCAGAAUGUAGCUGAUCUGUCUGAUUUAGUCACUUCUGGGAGGGAUAGUAAACAUGAAGAAGUGAAAUUUGCCGAGGAAUGCGCUCUCAAAAGUUUAGCUUUCCGAGCAGAAAGGUGCUUUUACUUGGCAAAAUCCUAUAGUUUGGCAGGAAAGAGAGCUGAAGCUUAUGCAUUAUAUUCUCGUGCUCUUUCUUUGGCGGAGGAUGCAUUGAAAAAGUUACAGAGCACAGCAAACAAGGAACAGGGAAUGCUGGAGGAGUUGAAGACAUUACAUCACCAGUGUAGAUCAAACAUUUGUAUAGAACAUGCUACAGGAAUCUUGGAAGAGCAGAAGAUACCUGAAAAGCUUUCAAAAAAGAUAUCAAACAUGUCUCUGACCGGGGCAGAUAAGAAGGAUAAAUUCCUUGCUGAGAAACUCGACGUGUACGAACCAGCUGUCAGUGAUUCCAACACUAAAGUACCUCCCCGCAUUGAAGCUUUCCCUCCAGCUUUUCAGGCAAUCCCGAGAAAUCCAAUAGUCCUCGACCUCGCUUAUAACAUGAUCGAGUUCCCCUCACUUGACAACAGGAUGAAGAAGGCGAGGGGGUUCAUCAGCAGGCUUUGGAGAUAAGUACACUUCUUGGAAAUGGGAGCAAUUCUGGAGUGCUCCCGAGAUUCAAUGGAUUAAUACUUCAAACACCUUUACAGCCUAUGCUUUUUUGCUGUUCUGGUUUUUGGCUGUAUGUUACCGUAAUCAUUUUUCUCACAAAUGAACAAUUUUGUAUUUCUCAGUUCUAUAUUUCCUAGGUUUUAUACUCUUAGAAUGGUGUACGUGGAUGCUGACGUACCAGAAGCGAUAUAUAGGACGCCAGUUCUUAUCAGAGUUUUGAUGAUCCAGAAAAUUUUGAAAAAACUGAUAAAGUUAAUGAAAUGUAGUUGUUUCUUGUGUAAA